AUGAUAAAUGUCAAAGGAAGUUGGUUUUGUGUUGCAUCUUCUCUAGGCUAUAUCCGAAUAUAUGAUCUUAGUGAAAGUUCAAUGAAAUUAAUUUUUCGUUCUUCUAAUUUGCGAAAUUCUAUUCCAACUUGUUUUAAAUGGCAACAAAUACGCAUAAAUUCUGCAGGGAAUCGUGUUUGUUUCACGCUACGGAAAGAUGAUGACGAACAAAUCUCUUCUGAACGUGUUUAUGUUUGGGAAGCAGAGAAUGAUUCUGUUGGAUAUUUUUCUUUUAAUUCUGGAAUUACUGACCAACAACAAUAUGAGCAAGAUUCUGUUGCUGUAAUGCCGAAACAAUCUCGUUUUCGUUUACCACUUCACGCGCCAGGCAACUUCUUUUGGGAUCAAAAUGAUCCUCGCCUUUUGAUAUGUGAGGCAAUUAGUAUUGGCAAUAAUAAUGAUGGAUUUAUGCCAAAUCCCUCCUAUUUAUUAACAAUGUUUGUAACAGCAGAACAUGGCAUUCAAAUGCAUGAUUUGCAACAAAAAUCGGCCAAAACAGAUGCUUUAAUUUUUGUAUCUGUUCCGUACAUUUAUUUCUUAAAAAAUAUAGAGGCGGAUGAUGAAGACGAACCUGGAGGUAUAGAAUUAAGCAUUUCUCGUCUUGUAAUUCGCAGAACCCUUCGGGAAUUUAUUGGAAUUAAUGUUGAGGAUAGAGAAGCAAUACAAGCAAUGCUUGAUUUUAGUUUUUAUUUGUGUAUUGGCCAGAUGGAUAAUGCUUUUAAAGCUAUUAAAUUUAUUAAGAAGUACGUGAAAGCCAGAAUGUGUGUAAAAACAAGACGUAUAGAUGUUGCUAAAGUUUGUCUUGGUCAUAUGGCAAAUGCUAGAGCAGCCCGAGCAAUUCGACGAACUAUAGAGUUAAAAGAGUUACCAGAAUUGCAAAUUGCCAGAUUGGCUAUAGAACUUGGAAUGAAUGAAGAAGCUAUCCGUCUUUUUGAAAAGGCAAAUCGUUUUGAUCUAGUCAAUCAAGUUUACCAGGCACAAGGCAAAUGGACGGAAGCAUUUGCUGUUGUAGAGGAACAUGAUAGAAUUAAUUUGCGUCACACUCAUUACAAUUAUGCUAAACAAUUGGAAAGUGUCGGUGCUUUUGAAAAGGCUAUUGAAAAUUACGAAAAAGCAAACACCCAUUAUUCUGAUGUUCCUCGAAUGCUUUGUGAUGAGCCAAAAGUUUUAGAAUUUUAUACUAAAAAGAAGGCAGAACCAGAAUUAUAUAAAUGGUGGGCACAAUUUGUAGAAAGUACUGGAGAUAUGGAAACAGCAAAAAGCUUUUAUCAAAAUGCGAAAGAUUUCCUAUCGGUUAUUCGCAUUCUUUGUCAUAAUGGACAGUUUGAGGAAGCAACUCUAUUAACCAAUCAGUCAGGUGACAGAGCAGCAGCAUUCCAUUUAGCAAUGCAAUUCGAAACUCAAUCAGAGUCUGCCAAAGCUGUUCAAUUUUUUACACAAGCAGGGGCAUUCUCAAGUGCUAUUCGUUUAGCAAAAGAAAAUGGAAUGGUGGACAAAAUAGCCAAUUUAGCUUUAAUGGCUGGGGGUUCUGAAUUGGCUGAAGCAGCUGAAUAUUAUAAGAAUUUAAAUGGGCAUGCUGAUAAGACUGUUAUGCUUUAUCAUAAAGCUGGAAUGGUGGGGAGUGCUUUAGAUUAUGCCUGCAAAACCGGUCAAUUUGGUGCAUUAGACCUUAUUGCACAAGAAUUAAAUGAAAAAUCGGAUCCAUCAGUACUAACCAGAGCAGCCCAAUUCUUCUCGUCUAAUCAACAAGACCGAACAGCUGUUCAGCUUUUGGUCUUUGCUAAACGGUAUAACGAGGCUGCACAGUUAUGUUUAAGAAAGAAUGUAAUUAUUACGGAGGAAUUGGAUAAUUUACUUACACCGAAUAAUUUGGGUAAAAGUCUUUCAACUAAAGAAAGAUCAUCUCUUCUAGAACAAAUAGCAAAGUGUUGCUUACAACAAAGCAAUUAUCACUUUGCAGCAAAAAAAUUUACUCAAGCUGGGAAUAAAUUAGAAGCAAUGCGUGCUUUACUCAAAUCUGGAGAUACCCAAAAAGUUAUCCUUUUUGCCAAUACAGCUAGAGAUAAAGACAUUUACCGAAUGGCUGGCAAUUAUUUACAAAAUUUAAAUUGGAAAGAGAAUGCCCAAUUAAUGAGGCAAAUUGAAGCAUUUUAUUUAAAAGCUGGGGCUGUUGAUUUACUUGCUAAUUUCUAUGAAGCGUGUGCUCAGGUGCUGGAAAUUAAUCGCUUAUAA